AGCGCGGGCUUUGCAGGUUGGUCACACCAGGGACCCACGAUUAGCUGCAAUAUUAAACUGGAUCAACCCCAGGAAUCGCUCACAGAACCACCGGCAAGCAGCGCCUCUCGGAACAGUCUGAGCGCUGGCCAGCCGCGGAGAUCACAGAUACCGAGGCAUCGGGGCAGCCCUGACACUCAAGCAGAAGUCUUCCAAGUCCACCUGCACGCACUGCUGGGACUUUUUCAAACUUUCCUAGAGCAUCUCCCUUGAAUACCAAUCUGGGAUUUCUUAGCCAUCAAUUAACAAGGUUUUAAAAAAAAAAAGAAAAACUUUCUUUUCUGGUGUUGCUUUCUGAAAUCUGUAUUAAAUUGUGAAGACUGAACUGUACAUUGAGAAGGAUUGACAUUGUAACAUUGGUGGUCCGCAUACACGUUUUGCAUCUCGCAAUUACCCUCCUUUGGGCAUAUCUAGGAAUGGCACGUUGUGGUACUUUGCUACUGCUGUGGGUGUGCUAUAGCCUGGGUCUAGGCUUUGGAGCGCUGAUGAAGGGUGGUAUAGUGGGUGCCGGGGUACACCUUGGAGUAGGUGAUUCUGCCGUUCUACCUCUGGGAGACACAGUCUCGGAGCAUAUGUUACGGCUUUAUGAUAAAUACCGCGGUGUUGGAGGAAGAGGUAGGGAGUCUUCAUCACCGCAUCAGAUCCCUCUCCAGGACGGGAACACAGUGAGGAGCUUCAGAUCACUGAGCGGUGAAGUAGAAAAUCAACACAUUUUCAAUUUGACGUCCUUGACGACGUCAGAAAACAUCCUUUCAGCUACAUUACAUUAUUAUCUUGGAGAUCUGUUAAACACCAGCCAUCAGUGUCCCCAUUCACUAUUUUGCCUUCAACAUGGGCAUAUGAAACCAGAGAUAUCCCUGGAGCUAACUGUGUGGAGUUUUACAUCAUUGGAAAACCAGACCAGAAACCUUGGACAUUUCCUCAUCAAUGUAUCUACACUAUACCGGGACACUUGGCAAUGGAAAGAUAUCACUCCUGUUCUACGUGAUGCAAAGCACCAUGGUGAGCUUCUUAUUGGAAUCAACAUAACAACAGAUAUGCCAAGACAGAGGCAGAUCUUAGGUCUAAAACCCUACAUCUUGGUUUACGCUAAUGACUCAGCUAUUUCAGAGCCAGAUAGUGUUGUUUCUAGCUUACAUGGCAAACGAAAUCAUCUUACCCGUAAACAACAUCAAGGGGCAGAAUUAGUGGAGCACAGAAGAAGACGAUCCACGGAUGUUCUUUUGCCCUUACAAAAUAAUGAGCUCCCAGGAGCAGAGUAUCAAUACAACGAAGAUGAAGAAUUAUGGGAAGAAAAGAAACCCUACAAAAAAGUAAGACCGUCUGAAAAAGGCAAAAAUAAGAAGAAGCUGAGGAAGGGUGGACGACAGAAAAGCCAAACACUUCAGUUUGAUGAACAGACUCUUAAAAAAGCUAGGAAGAAGCAGUGGAAUGAACCACAGAACUGUGCGCGACGCUAUCUCAAGGUAGAUUUUGCUGACAUCGGCUGGAGCGAAUGGAUUAUUUCCCCUAAAUCCUUUGAUGCCUAUUACUGCUCAGGUGCAUGCCAGUUCCCAAUGCCAAAGUCUUUAAAGCCAUCAAACCAUGCAACUAUCCAGAGUAUUGUACGUGCGGUGGGUGUGGUCCCUGGGAUUCCUGAGCCAUGCUGUGUUCCAGAAAAGAUGUCUUCUCUCAGUAUUCUCUUUUUCGAUGAAAACAAGAACGUUGUUCUGAAGGUGUACCCCAACAUGACAGUGGAUUCUUGUGCCUGCAGAUAACAAUUCAUGCGACUUAACAAAAGAUUGCCAUAUUUGCACUUUCAAUAUACUGUGUUAAAAGUACUUCUGGGAAAAAAAAAAAAACUAUUACAAUUAUGAAAAUCACGAGUGCUCAUUAUGGAUCUACGCUACUAGCCAAAAAUAAACUUGGAUCUGUUACAACUGCUUUAUACUCUACAAGAAAAUUUGCUCUUAAAUAAAUAUUCAUCAAUUGUUAUUUUUCUUCUUCUAGAAAACUUCCAAAAACAUGACUAUUUUUAUACUGGAGACAACAUUAAAUAAAGAUGCCCAUAGCUGUCCUGUGCCUUCUGAAUUUUGCCGAUGACUUGGCAAUAAAUCUAUUCUAAUCUUUUUCAUAUACCAGUAAAUGCAGAUGCAUUUCCAUUUCUUUGCCUUAAUUGUCAUAAAUAUCUGUUACAGAUAUUUUAAUUUAAGUGUUGGAGCCUGUAGGUUAAAUGUGGAAGAGCAAGUGAUAUCAUCACCUACUGCCAAGCGGCUCUAAGGAAUUUUUAUCCGUAAAAUAUACAAUUGUAUGUUUUAGUCACAGUCUCAUGGUUAUUCCUUAUGAGAUACCUCUAGUCUUCAGGGUCUUCUGGAGUGUUAGGCCUGACAGGAUAUUAAGGUA